AUGGCUCAGUUCCUGCGUGGAAAGCAAGCUGGUAUUCAAAGGGACCUGUCUGAGGGUUUAUCCCCAGAAUUGUUCCUCCUCGACGAUUUUGCACGAUGUGGCGUGAACUCACAGAUUAGCGCUAUCGCGUACGACCCCGUACAAUCCCUCAUCGCCGUCGGUACCAGUGAUACUUCGUUUGGAAGUGGGCAGAUCUAUGUCUUUGGUCAACGGCGAGUCGCAGUGGUCUUUGAGUUCCCGCGCAAGGCGUCCGCGCGCUUUCUCCGAUUUUGCGCCGAUAGGCUUGUUAGCAUCGAUUCUAAGAAUGAAAUCUGCGUAUAUUCCCUGGAGACGGGUUGCCUGGUGGUCUCCUAUGCUCCACCCGGCCAGGCAACUGCUUUGUUGACGGACCCGAGUUUGGAUUAUGCGUUUAUUGGACUGCAGAAUGGUGAAAUCAUCGCGUAUGAUCUGGAUCGGGAGUCAUUGACGCCGUUCAGGGUUCCGAACCUGUGGUUGGAACGCAACCCACGCGCGAGGUUCUUCCCCGUUGUGUCGCUGGAAUUCUCCCCACGAGACAUUGGCAAGAUCCUGGUGGGAUAUCCAGAGGGAGCAGUGACGUUUACAUUUAAGCAAAAUCUUGCACAGAAAUACUUCAUAUACGACAUCCCUCCAGGGGCCCCGGGUGGUGACUCCCUACCGUGCCACGACGUGCGCAGGCCAAAAUUGACUAACGCCAUCUGGCACCCCAACGGGAUCUUUAUCUUAACAGUUCACGAAGAUUCUAGUCUAGUACUUUGGGAUACAAAAGAUGGUCGUAAGCUCCAUGCACGGACAGUCCAGACAGCCAAUGUCGACCAAUGCAGACCAAGCUCACCUAUAGAGGCCGCCGGACCCAAAGAGCCAAUCACGAAGGUCAUUUGGUGUGCCAAAGGUAAUCCAGACGAUACCGGUCUCCUCGUGGCUGGUGGCCGACCAGUGAAUGAUCAAACCAAAGGACUGGUGUUCCUGGACAUGGGCUCAACCCCCAAUUAUCAAACCUCUUCUUGGCAAAUCCUGUCUAACUACUUCGAACACCCACGACGACACAUGAACCUGUCGGUUCCACCAGGAGCUAAGGUUGUCGACUUCUGUCUCAUCCCUCGAUCCUCGCCAUACUUCAAUGGUGCUCACGAUCCAAUCGCACUGCUUGCCAUGCUAUCCUCAGGAGAGAUCAUUUCCCUAAGUUUCCCCAGCGGACAUACAAUCACCCCCACUAACAUGCUUCAUCCGUUCCUCACUUUCGUUCAUCCAUUUGUAAACAAAGCCGUGCUCACACCCGUUGACCGGUCAGUAUGGCUCGGUCUGAAAGAGCGCCGAUUGCAGGGUCCCAAAUUUGCGAUGGGUGGCAAGGAAGCCAAGAAUCCCCUCAAGCGUUUUGAGAACCGAAACGUUAUCUCCACGGCACAUGCAGACGGAACUGUCCGGUUUUGGGACUGUGGACAUGACGAUGAGAUUGAGAACGGCGAUGUCGUUCAAGUUGAUCUUGCCCGUGCCAUAGGCCGAGUCAGUAAUAUUGAAGUGACCGAAAUGUGUCUUGCAAGUGCCUCAGGUGAAAUGUCUAUUGGACUCAAGACCGGCGAGCUUGCUAUCUUCCGAUGGGGCAAUAACCCCUCAUACGGACGUGAAGAGCCUCCUGGUGCCAACCAAGGGCCAGGGAAGCUGACUCCAAUUACUCAGCGAACAGAUCCAGGUCUCAAGACAGGGAUGCUUCCCCUUACUCUUUUGGAUAUGCAACUAGGUCCGGUGACGGCGGUGAAGCAUGGGCAAGUUGGGUUCGUGGCGGCCGGAUACCAAGGUGGCGCUCUGGUGAUCAUCGAUCUGCGAGGUCCCGCCGUCAUCCAUACCGCGCAUCUGUCAGACAUUAUCAAGUCACAGAAGCGAACCAGUUUCCGUAAGGGUCGUGGCUCAGAGGAACAUCAACCCGACUGGCCCACUCAGAUUGAGUUUGGUGUGAUGACUUUGGAUGGUGAUGACUACUCAAGCAUUUGCUGCUUUGUUGGCACAAGUAGGGGAAUUGUGGCAACGUUCAAGAUUCUUCCUGCUUCCAACGGCACAUAUGAAGCAGUGUUCGUUGGAUCAACAGCAGUCGAAGGUUCCGUGGUAGCCGUCAUCCCCAUCGACGCUGACUCCGGUGGUCUUGCUUUAGCUACACCCAGUGCAGUUGGAGGCUUGAGGAACGGCAUAAAGGUCGACGGUGUUGUCAUUGCUGUGACUGCCUCUGGCUGUCGCAUUUUCAAGCCUCCAACCUCAAAGGGCGCUCAUAAAUCCUGGGAAGAUUACAUCUGUGAUUCAGCAGCAGUCGUCAAGACCGAAGGACGAGGCUACAGCUUGGUCGGACUCUUCGGUGACGGUAACGCACGCGCAUUCUCAAUUCCCGCUCUUCGAGAUAUCGGCUGCGCCAAGAUCAACCAUAUUGCGGAUAUGCGACGCCUCUCGGAAGCAUGCAUCACACCUACCGGAAAUAUCAUGACAUGGACCGGCCCUUCAGAAAUCGGAAUGUUCAACGUCUGGGGAGCUGGACACAAAUCACAUCCUUCCAAGGAUCGGCUUUUCAAUCCAGAAGCACAGCUUCCCCCACGUCCUACCAUUACCAACCUGCAAUGGAUCUCCGGUACACAAUAUAUCUCGCCGGCUGACAUGGACAUUCUGAUUGGCGGCCCAGAGCGACCCCCGUCCAAGCGAAUGGUUGAGAAAAUGAAGCUCGAGGACGAAGAACGCCGAAAAGCCCUACGGGAGGGACGAGCCCCACCGCCCGAGCAAGGUGGUAGCCAGGAAGGAUACUGGUCCUAUAUGUCGCGUCAAGUCCAGGAGCGCACAGAGCGCCUGAAUAUUGUUGGGGAUAGCAUGGAGAGACUAGAGGAGAACAGCAGUGGCUUUGCUAACGAUGUUGGCAAGUAUGUACAGUCCCAGAAGAAGAAGGCUGUUCUAGGCUUGCUUGGUUCGAAGUUUGGGCUCUAG